AGUCUUAGGUCUUUACGUUAUCUGGUCACCGAGGUUCUAGCGUACCUAUUUUUUGAAAGACGAUGACCAGAGGACUGUACAUCUAGCGUAGUUGGACGUGUAUUUCCAGGCUUUGGUAAGCUCGCAACAGAAAAGAAAGCGGGAAUUUCUUCGUAUUUCACGAAUAUUAAGAUAUUAUUGAAUGUGAGUGACAAAGAAUGGAUGACCAUAUGGAGCGUACGUCAACAUUGUGACGUAUAGUUGGACACGUAUUUGCAGCGUCGGUAUAUUCUCAGCAGAUAGCGGAAAUUUUGUCAUAUUACACCAAAAUUUGGUUUGGCUAAAAGAAAAGUUGGGUUUUCUAAGCAUCGUUACAGAUUAAGUAGACAAACGUAAUGGAGAAGAAACAUCGUGAUGUUUUGAAAGAGUACAGAAUGGACAUCGUUCCUGAUUUGGAUGUUGACAAAGCUACAUCAUUCUUGUAUUCGAAAAGCAUCCUAUCAGAAAAUGAUCGUGACAAGAUUAAAGCGAUUAAAACAUUGGAAUCUAAAAGUGAGGAGCUCUUGGAUAUGCUUCCAAGUCGAGGACCGGACGCGUUUGGUUUUUUUGUGGAAUUUCUCGAUAAAAAUCAAUCAUUUUUGGGUGAUUUAUUGAAAUCUUACAAAGGUUCAACAGGUACAAAGCAACCAGUUGAUAAUGUAGAUGCUCCAUCGCGUAAUCUCGAUGAUGAAAAGUCUCCUAAAGAAACUGACGAAGAGUUAAAACAUGAGAACUCCCAGAACACUAUUGGUAAAACCACUAGUAGCUCUACACAAGAAGAUGGGAAAUGUUCUAAAUUGAUUCCUAAACCGAAUGAAGAAGUUAAUCCAAAGUCGCACGAAAACGACAAAGAUGAUAAAGAAAAGAAUUUGAUACCUGAAUACUUUUCCAGUCAUAAGGAUGUUAUCGCAAGGGAUUAUAUGUACUCAAUGACACACAGUCCACGUGGCGAAGCAUUCAUCAUCAACAAUAAAAAUUUCUUAAAGGAAUCAGGAAUGCAAGAAUACCCACGUAAUGGUACUGACGUUGAUCGUGAUGCUUUAUACGGACUGUUUACGGCCUUGGGUUUUAAAACCAAGGCUUAUAACGACCAAACCACGAAGCAAAUCAUGAAACUUUUUCAUCGUUAUGCCUCCAGGGAUCACUCAAAGCAUGAUUGCGUAAUCUGUGCUGUCUUGACUCAUGGUGAAGAGGGGCUUUUUUAUGGUACUGAUGGCACAAUUCCAAUCAAAGAAUUGACGAGUGUGUUUCGAGGAUGUCUUCCUGGCAAACCCAAAUUAUUCUUUUUUCAAGCUUGUCAAGGUUUGAAAUAUAUGGAGGGGAUUGAUCUGAAGGAUGGAAAAGAUGAAAUUGACGCAAAAGAGAAAAUUGACGCAAAAGAUGAAAUUGACGCCCCAGGGAACAACAAAAUUACGCUUCCUCUUGAAGCAGAUUUUAUGUAUGCAUAUUCUACUGUACCAGGCUACUAUUCAUGGCGCAACUCUAUCAAAGGCUCUUGGUUUGUUCAAGCCAUCGUUUCCGUAUUCCAAAAGUAUGCAUCUUCAACGGAUCUUCUUAGAAUGAUGACGCUCGUGAAUUGUGAAGUGGCAAAACAGAAGUCCUACACAAAUGAUUACUUCUCCGAUAACAAGAAACAGAUUUCUUCAAUCGUCUCGCAGUUGCGCAAGAAAGUCUACUUCUUUCCUGAACAUGUUUUCGACGAUCAGCCGUAAAGUUCAUGUUUUGAUUUGUAUGGAUAUUUUUCAUGCUACUAGUGACUUUUCAUUAACUUUUUUUUAUGUAUGGUGAUGUUAAGAUGGUGAGUUGGACUAUAAAUCUGAGGGAAAAAUUUCCUGAAAUGAUUCAAAUGUCUGUAUAAUUAAUUCACAAUAGAAAAAAUAUUUUGAGCACGACUGAUUUCACGUAACCGUUUACACAAACUUUUUUCUGCAUUUUUCUGUUUAUGUCCUUUCGCAUGAAGAUGAAAUCUACCUUUUCUAGGCAAGGGAGAGCUAUUGAUUAAACUUUGAUGUGAUAAAAGGUAUUAGUUAAUCUACAAUGGAUCAUAUCUAUAGACACGUGACUGGAAUAAAGUUACAUUUUAUGCAUGUUCACUGUGUAUUAAUGUUUUUAAUGUUAUCAAGUUUACAAUAUCCUGUUAUAUUAAAAUCCUCAUACACACCA